UUUCUUUUUGUUUAUCUCUUCUUGUUUUUUUAGAAUUUAUAUUAAAAUUUUCAUGAACUUUGUGGUAAUUACUAGUCGAGCGUGUGAUUCCGUCUAAGUAUUUCUAAUAUUUUUCUUCUACAAUUCGUAUCGUUAUAAUUACAAUACGUACGUUAAUAUACAUUUUUUUAACGUUUUUAUCAAUAGCAAAUGUAUCAUAAUAUUUGUAAAUCCUACGAUAUCUAUAAUAAUCGUUUCGUACAAAUGACGGCGCUUAGCAACCUCAAUACGGAAACCAAUAUCGCCCGUUAAUAAGUAAUAACGUCAGUCAUAAUAUUACUUAAAUUUUGUUUAUAAAAUUCGUCACUUUUGAAGUCGCAUUACGGUUGUUGUGUUUUGUGGGCGCGAUUCAAGUAUUACAUACGAACGCAGCAUCUGUAGUGUGUACUUUCCACAGCUGCGAGGCAUAGAAUUGUAACCGCUUCGUUCUGAAUCUGUGUCAAUGAAUGCUGGUGAACGCCAACUUUCACUAAUCCGACCAACGUCCUGGCUGCGGCCUGUGGUGGUGCGAGCGUUCGUUCAUCUUGUUCAGUAUCGUUGGUGUACGCGAGGCACAGUUCUAACGAUAAGGGUUACGGUAUGAGAUCCAAAUCGCUACAAGAUUUACCGGAAGCCAGCUCUAGUGCGACCCCACCGACCCGUAAGAGACGUAUGCCCAGAUUUUCCCUGCGCCGGCUAUUGUACUCUAACACAUUUUUGGCCAGGCAUUUGGGCAGCUCGCAGAACGGUAGGCGGCGGACUAUAAUCACAGGCGGCCCUAGCGUAGCGGAUGUAACCGAUUUCGAGAAAGCGCCUUUGGGAUUCAGUCAAAACUAUGUCGACCCGAAAAAAGCUGUCCAGAAUCCUAGUGUUGUCGUUAAGAAUGGGACGACACCUGUAGACGGUUUGUUGGAGUGUCCUUUGUGUCUAGCCAAAUUCGACGAAACUGAUUUUGCCAAAUUAUCAACAUGUGCUCACCGUUCCUGUUUCGACUGUUUUCAACAAUAUUUGCGCAUAGAAAUAUGCGAAUCUCGCGUGAACAUAACAUGUCCCGAAUGUUCAGAAGCAAUGCAUCCAAAUGAUAUUCAAAGUGUACUUAAUAAUCCAGUUCUUUACGAUAAAUAUGAAGACUUUAUGGUUCGGCGAGUGUUGGCCGUCGAUCCCGAUACUAGAUACUGUCCUUCACCAGACUGCAGUUAUGCAGUUAUAGCUGCUGGCUGUGCUAGCUGUCCAAAGAUAAAAUGUGAACGCCCUGGUUGUGAUUCCUAUUUUUGUUACCAUUGUAAAGCCCCCUGGCAUCCUAAUCAGACUUGUGACUCAGCUAGGGCAAAACGUUCAACUAACAUAAGGACAGCUUCUAUAUCUUACAGUUUAGAUUUAUCGUCAAGAGAAGAUAUUAAACCAUGUCCUCGUUGUCAAGUGUUAAUUGUAAAAAUGGAUGAUGGCUCAUGUAAUCAUAUGACAUGUGCCGUUUGUGGAGCAGAAUUCUGUUGGUUAUGCAUGAAAGUAGUCAGUGAUUUACACUACCUAAGUCCGUCCGGUUGUACCUUUUGGGGAAAAAAGCCAUGGUCUCGAAAGAAAAAACUUUUGUGGCAGUUAGGUACUUUGAUCGGUGCUCCAGCUGGUAUUGGUUUAAUAGCUGGCAUUGCAAUUCCUGCAAUAAUUAUAGGUGUACCUGUUUGGACUGGACGUAAAAUGUUUACACGUUACAGAAAUUCAAGUCGAUUAAAACGAAAUUUUGCAAUUGCUGGUGGUGUAUUGUCUGCGUUGGUAGCAGCUCCAGUUUUGGCCACCCUAGCUGUUGGUAUAGGUGUGCCAAUACUGUUGUUCUACGUGUACGGAGUAGUGCCAGUUUCCUUGUGCCGUUCCGGAGGCUGUGGUGUCACCACUUCUGCUAGUGGUGUACAUUUUGAUUUUGACGAAGAACAUAGCUCUCCGAAAACGGUCAAUGCCGAUUAUUUUACUGCCCCAGAUGGUGAUACCGUUAGUCAUGGAGCUGAGAUAGGUAAUCCUUCAAUUGGUGAACCUUCAUUUUGGAAUGAUUGGGAUGGUGAAACUGUGCUGGGAAGAGAUGCUGAUCGAGAGUCAGCUAGUACUGUUGCAUUAGCCGGCAGUUUAUUAGCCCAUAAAGUGGACAACAGUGAGACAGCGUCCAUGCGAUCUGGUCAGAAAACCUCUGCUGAAGGAAUAGAAGAAACGCAAUCACAACAGCCUCACAAUUUGUCACUGAGUUCACUGGAAGAAUUAACUGCUGGUUUGAUGCGACGAGUCCUCGGCAAUGCUGAAGAAACCGAUACACCCGCCACAAUUGUUCGAGCACGUUCCACUGCUACUGAAGUGCGCUUUGGCAAUACCGUCAGCAUAAUCACUCCUUCAGUAACAGAUGGCCGUCAACAUUUUUUGCCACUCAGAGGUUUUGUUCGAAAUUUACUGUGCAGAACUUCUACUGAAAUGGCAGCAAGUUCAUAAUUAUACAAAUGUACAAAAUAUAAUAUUAUAUACAAAUACAAACCAUUAUUGUUUAGGGACCAUGUGCCUCACUUAAAUUGGUCUUUCUAUUUUGUUGUUUAUUGUGUUUGAUUUUUAUUUUAUUUUCAUUUUGUGUCUAUAAAAUAUUAUUAAAAUACCUCGAUUUAUAUAUAUAUAUUAUACGUAUGUAUAUUGUAUAUACAAAAAAAUUAUAAUAUUCAUUUAUCUAUAAAAACUUGAACUUAAAUUUUUCCUUUAAAGCGACUGUGAUCACUGGGUUUUUUUUAAUUAUAUUAUACUAUGUUGUAACUAUUGUCAUAUUACUCUCUAAUGUACUACAUUAUAACAAAUUUUAGAAAUUUUAUACAUUUUUACUAAGUAAAUGCAUAAAAAUCAAUUUUAAUAAAAACAUCGGUAUUGCUUUAAUUUAUGUAUUUUCAUUAACAUUAAAAAUACAUUAAGAAACCAAAAAACUAUAAUAAUAAAAUACAUGUAUAUUGUGUUGUUUUUCACCCCAGAUUUAUAAUUAAGAUUAAAU